ACCCUGAAUUAGACUUUCACGGAGAAUCGAGCAUAUUGACGAACGCAAACAUCGUAUUGCUGCGAAAGGACGUGAGGGUUCCUCCAUCUAUAAGACUUUUUGCUCCUUACCCCGGAGAGAGGAUUACCUGUCCUCCUUCUGGGUGUGUUGGUGUUUUUGCGAAAAGUUUGAGGUCGGGCUUAAGGUUCCCUCUCCCGCGCAUAAUCACUGAGUAUUUGCGUGACUGGGGAUUAGCCUUGUGCCAAAUUGCUCCCAAUACUUGGAAACGAGUAAUAGGACUGCUAGUUUUAUUUGCCGAGAAGGGAUGGGAUUUGUCCUCGGCAAACGAGAUGAUGAGUAUGUUUACAUUUAGAAAGGGUGCAGAUAGGCAGGUAAUGGAUCCGCUCUUUUGUUUCUUUAUUUCUAGGAAGCCUCAGCCAAGAGUUAAGUUGGGGAAUGCCGAGGAAUAUAGGAAGAAAAAUCCCAAUUUCGAUUUGAAGAACAAAAUCGGCAAAAACAGAGACUUGCGAUCAACCGAGAUGGCUGGACGCAAAAAUUUGUUGAAAGCAUGGAAUAAGAAUCCUCACAGUUCUCGGGCUGCAACUGUUGGCCCGUCGAACGUAAAAAAUGAACCAACAUCUGAGCAGGAACCAAUUAGAGAACCUGUUCUGGAGUCGCCCGCUGGCGUUGGUGAGCAACCCGUCAUACCACCGAUGUCGGCUAUCGUAGCAGUGAACGAGCCAGUGAUAGAAACUGAGGCCUCGGGAGUUGGUCCUGAGGAGGUGGAAGAGGAGUUG